AUGGCCGCCGCCGCCAAAGCCGCUGUCCCUGACAAGGACAAGAUGAGUAACCUCUCGUUUGUCCUCAACGCCCCGCGCGACGUCUGCUUCGCCGAGCAGCCCAAGCCGGCCCUCGGCGACGCCCACGACGUGCUCGUUGCCGUCGACUACACGGGCAUCUGCGGCUCCGACGUGCACUAUUGGCAGCACGGGUCCAUCGGCCACUUCGUCGUGCGCGAUCCCAUGGUGCUGGGCCACGAGUCGGCCGGCACCGUCGUCGAGACCGGCUCCGCCGUCACCGGCCUCGGCCCGGGGGACCGCGUCGCCCUCGAGCCCGGCUCCGGGUGCCGCCGAUGCCCGGACUGCCGCGCCGGCCGGUACAAUCUAUGCGAGUCCAUGGUCUUUGCCGCCACGCCGCCGCACCACGGGACCUUGACGGGGCUGUGGGUUGCCCCGGCCGAUCUGUGCUAUCGCCUGCCGGACACCGUGUCGCUGCGCGAGGGCGCCCUGGUCGAGCCGCUCGCCGUCGCCGUGCACAUUGUGCGCCAGGCCGGCAUCCGCCCCGGCCAGUCCGUCGCCGUCAUGGGCGCCGGCCCCGUCGGCCUGCUGUGCGCCGCCGUUGCCCGUGCCCACGGCGCCGCCACCGUCGUCAGCGUCGACAUCGUCCAGGCCAAGCUCGACUUUGCCCGCCGCUUCGCCGCCACGCACACGUACAUGCCCCGGCCGCGGACAUCGCCCCCAGACAACGCGGCCGCGAUCCGGGCGCACGCCGGCCUGCCCCGGGGCGCCGACGUGGUCAUCGACGCGAGCGGCGCCGAGCCGUCGAUCCAGACCAGCCUGCACCUGGUGCGCAUGGGCGGCGUCUAUGUCCAGGGCGGCAUGGGCAAGGCCGACAUCUCGUUCCCCAUCAUGGCCCUGUGCCUCAAAGAGGUGACGGCCCGCGGCUCGUUCCGCUACGGGCCCGGCGACUACGAGCUGGCCAUCCAGCUCAUCGCCAGCGGCCAGGUCGACGUCAAGCAGCUCAUCUCGGCCGUCGUGCCUUUCAGCCAGGCCGAGGAGGCCUUUCGCAGGGUCCAGGAGGGGCAAGUCAUCAAGAUGCUCAUCGCCGGCCCCAAUAACGACGACAAUAUCUGA